UAAGACCCAGACAAACAGCUGGUAUCAUACAAGCUGUGCACAAGGGCAGGGGCAGGAGGAAUAAGGAUCCUCAGAAUCAGCUUUUAAAUUAGUGCAAAAAAUUUAAAAAUCAUAAUUCAUAAAUUGUUGCCUGGGGUUUAAGAGAGGACACAAUGGGUACUGGACCCUUUCUUUCAAUUUUACUUAUAAUUACAGUGGCUAUUGAGUUUGCUACCACACCAGCUGCUGCACAAAGCACUACUGAAGUGCCCACAACAACAGAUGUUGGAUCAACUACAUUUGGAGAAUCAACAACAGCAGAUACACCAAUUACCGUAUCAACUACAAGUGAUGGAUCUACAGCGACUGAUGCAGCAUCAACAACUGGAGGCUCAACAGCAACUGAUGGAUCCAGUGCAACUGGCGGGUCUACAGCAACUGAUGCAGCAUCAACAACUGGAGGCUCAACAGCAACUGAUGGAUCCACUGCAACUGGCGGGUCUACAGCGACUGAUGCAGCAUCAACAACUGGAGGCUCAACAGCAACUGAUGGAUCCACUGCAACUGGCGGGUCUACAGCGACUGAUGCAGCAUCAACAACUGGAGGCUCAACAGCAACUGAUGGAUCCACUGCAACUGGCGGGUCUACAGCGACUGAUGCAGCAUCAACAACUGGAGGGUCAACAGCAACUGAUGGAUCCACUGCAACUGGCGGGUCUACAGCGACUGAUGCAGCAUCAACAACUGGAGGCUCAACAGCAACUGAUGGAUCCACUGCAACUGGCGGGUCUACAGCGACUGAUGCAGCAUCAACAACUGGAGGCUCAACAGCAACUGAUGGAUCCACUGCAACUGGCGGGUCUACAGCGACUGAUGCAGCAUCAACAACUGGUGGUUCAACAGCAACUGGGUCUUCUACUACAAUUGGAGGAUCACCAACUACAAAUGGUCCAUCAACAACAGUUGCAGGGUCUUCCACAGCUGGUGAAACAACAACUGGUGGAUCAAUUCCAGCUGAAGGUUCAAUAACAAGUGGUGGGUCAACGACUACUGGAGGUUCAACAACAGCAACAGGAGGAUCCACAGCAUCUGGUGCAUCAGCACCAAUUGGAAGUUCAACAGCUGGAAGAUCAACAACAGAAACUGGCACAUCAACUGUUCCGGGGUCUGCAAUGAAUGGAGCAUCAGCAACACCCAGCGCACCUUCGAUGACAUCACCUGGACAUUCACCAACAAUUAGUGCAACACCAACAAUAAUCAGCGCAUCAACAACACCUGGUGCAUCAAUUAGCCAAUUAGCUGGAGGAUCAACAACAAUUGCAGGGCCUACAGUAAGUGGUGGGUCAACAACAACUGCAGGGUCUUUAACAAAUGUAACUUCAGCAACCAUCGGAGCAGCUACAAUUAGUGGGUCAACAGCAACAUCACCUGUAGGUGCAACAACACCUGGGAAUUCAACAAUACCUGUAAGACCGGCAUCCCCCAGCAUGCCAACAACUCCAGCCAUGACAAGCAAUGGUGGAUCAAGUAUAACUGAUGGAACAAGCAGCAGAACUACACCAGCAGCAACAACAAUAACGACAAGUACUGGGUCAGCAACUAUAAACGGUGAAACUGCAGCAGCAAUAACAACGACAACAGCAAAUACUACUACUACUACAGCUACUACGACGACUACUACUACUACUACUACUACCACCACUGCGGCUCCCCAACGAGUUGUGGUUGUUGCAGCAACCUUGGUAGAACCAUUUGUCCCAGCACUGAAUGAUAGAGCCAGCCCACAAUUUAAGGCACUUGAAGCAAGAGUCACAGUAGUGUAUGAUAUCAUCUACAGGGCAAGAUAUGGCAGGUUCUUCCUCCGAAGUUUUAUCAUAGCAUUUAGAGCAGCAGUGGCCAUUACUCGAGUGGAUAAUACUGAAGCAGAGGUGGGGGUUCAGUUCAGCAGUAACGCAACAGCAGAUCAAGUUCCCCAGGCCAGUGAUGUUGCACAGACCUUAGUAGAAGCCGUGUCUAACCCCAACAAUACCUUCAACCUUUCUGUUAACGUUGACUCCAUCAAAGCAGUUGUUUUAAAUGAUUCAACAACUUCAAAUACAACUACAAGUGCUCCAACUACAACUACACUUACCACUACAACUACACCUACAACUACAACUACAACUACAACUACAACUACAACUACACCUACAACUACAACCACAAUGUCUACAACAGCUGAGGCAGUCACAACAAGGCGACUGACUUUCCGAUCUGCUGGAGAGACAUUCACAAGUGACUUACUGAAUCAACAAUCUACAGCAUUUUCAAAUCGAGCCUCACUGAUAAGGACAACACUUCAACCUUACUACCAAAGAGCAUUUGCUUCAUUCCGCUCCUUGACAGUGGUUUCAUUCAGCAAUGGGUCAAUCAUCAACAACAUGGACCUCGGAUUCGCAUCCACGUCUGUUCCCAACAACACUCAGAUUGCAGAUACUUUGAUCAGUGCUGCUUCAAACAUCUCAGCCUUCAACAUUGACACUGCUUCCAUUUUUGUGGAUGGCACACAAGUCUCAAGUGGAGUAAGCCACAAGAUCAGUCUCAUCACUGCAUCCUUCUUUGUGCUGCUGUCAUGGCUGCUGUCGAGCCAGCAAUAGCAUCCAUACUGAUAUUCAUGUGAAACCCCAUUAGAAAGUGAUGGCUAUGACUGGUAUGAAAAAGGACACUGUUCCCACUGAAAAUCCAAGGAAGACUUCUGAGGAUUGCAACUGUUAUACAGCCUGGAAAGAAUUUCCAGAUAUUAAAUUCAAAGUUAGAUUGACCACACCCAUUGAUAACAAACGUUAACUGCAACAAUGUUGUAAUGGCUUACAACUGAGACCUUAUAUAUAACCUUAUAUAUAACACCACACAUUAAACUUUCACUAUGCACAAAUACAGCCUUAACCUACUGUGCUAUAAUAGCACAUUUAGAAUCAAUUAUAUUUAAAUUGAACAUGUAACUAAGUCCUUUGCAAUGAAUAUAAUCCAAGAUUAUUUACGUUUAAUUUUGUUUAGUCCAUGUAAUUGCUGUCCAGGCAAGAUGAAAAAAAUGUAUUAAUUGGUAAUCACACACAGACAAAGGCUGUGGCCAACCCACAGUGCGACAACUAUGCAACUGUGUUCUAUAGACUCUUGUGCAAUCAAUUCAGAUUUUCUUCAUUUUCAGGCUGGAUUUGUGGAUUUUGAUGUAGUCAUGGUGAAAUGCUUCACCCGGGGCGUAUAAUAAUGAGGUAGAAAGGAGGUAUAUGUUUCUUUAUUAUUUGUUAAAUCAAUCAUUAACUAGCACUUCUAUGCUAUGCUAGUUGAAGAAGGCAUACUGAUGUAUAAACUAAUGUAUAAACAUGCUGCUUUUGCAUUUUUAAUUAAGUUAUUGUAACAGUGAAUUAAAACCUACCAUGCUUUACAGAAACAGUGUCUCUCCUUAAAGGAAAAUUCCACUAUCAUUAAACCUGGGUAGUAAUAGACCGUUUUUGUUUAAUUUUUUUUUUUUUUUUUUUUUUUUUGUUAAACCAGAAUGCUGGCCUUGCCAAAUCUUUUUUACUGUGUUGCUGUAGCAAAGGGUCAAUUUCAGGUGGGGAAAAAAAAAAACAUUCAGCCUAUACUGUGCUUUUGUUCCUAACCCUGAUCCAGAGGGUCAGAGGUAUGCUGAAUGACAUUCAUGAACUACGUAAUGUCAUAAGAACGUCCUACAUGAUUAUUGAGUCACUUUUAUAUUACAUUAUAAUUUUAUUCUUCAUUUUAUUAUUAUUAUUGCUAUUUUGUAUUUUGUAUGGUGCACAGGACAGAGAAAAAUCCGGAGUCAAAUUCCUUGUAUGGUCACACAUACUUGGCAAAUAAAGCUGAUUCUGAUUCUGAUUCUGAUUCUGAUAAUACUUUUUGUUUAUACUAUCACAUGUAUGUGCAUUCUGUAUGCUUAUCUGCAUGGUUUUUCAAUUUGUCCAAUUUUUCGGUUGUAACAAUGAUCAGUACACAACAAUUCAAAAAUUAAAAGUUUCCUUUUUUGUA